UCUGUUUCACACAUAAUGGUGUUGAUUCUCUGUAUAUCUGCAUCUGGAUCUGCACUUCUGCUCUGCUGCCUGAUCUACUGCAGAUAUCAAAAUGGGUUCACUGUGACAUAUUCUCGAAAUACACAUGUUGGCCUGCAAUCUUCAGUGGUUCUGAACUUUUAUAGUGUUAAACCUUUACAAGUGAGGGAUCUGAAGGUGAAAUGGAAAAGAAAAGACACAAAGACUCUGGUUCAUCUGUAUCAAGAUGGAGAGAGUAGACUGCAGCAGGAUUAUCAUGAAAGAGUUAAUUUCUUUACUGAUCAGAUUCAACAUGGAAACUUCUCCCUCCGUCUGGACAAUGUGAAAGAAGAAGAUGCAGGAGAGUACACAUGUAAAGUUUACAGUCAGCAGAGAUGUGUGUUUUCAACUCAGUUUACUUUGGAAAAGGAUUCUGUUGUCUCUUCAUAUUUAAAUGCAAAUGUUUCUUCUGCUCCUCUGGUUGCUCCUCUGGGAUCUUCAGUGAUUUUGCCCUGUUUUUGUGCCAAACGUUUGCUAUCAAAGGAUCUGAAAGUGGAAUGGAGGAGAACAGACUCCGAGUCCCUGGUUCAUCUGUAUCAAGAUUGUGCGAGUCAAGCAGAGGGCCAGCAGCAGGAUUAUCGGGAUAGAGCUCAUUUCUUUAACUGGAUCAGGGAUCUUAGUAUGGAAACCUCCCUCCGUCUGGACAAUCUGAGAGCUGAAGAUGAGGGACGAUACAUAUGUAAAGUUUACAAUAAACAAAGAUCUGUGUUUUCAACUCAAACAAGUUUGGUACCGAGACUACUUGAUUCAUUCCUACAUCUUCAUCUCUUUCUAGUCGUCUGUCCAAAUAUGAUCAUGUUCUUUGCAUUUGUCUUCUGGGGUGUUUCUGAAGGAUCUGUGAAUGAGUCGGUGUGUUGUUGUGCUCUUUAUUUUCUGAGGCCUUUCUUGUUGCUUUGGGCGGCUCCAUUUAUUAAAAAAUUGUUUGCAGUCAAGAUUAAAACAUGGAUUCAGAAAUACAGUUAUGUGGUAGAAUAUGCUGUUUUCUCGGUUAUUGUUUAUUCAGCUCUUUUUGCAACAGCUUGGGAAAAGUUUCUAAAUUAUGCUGUAUUUAAUAAAGUCAUCAUAAUAGUCCUGUUUGCAAUUGUGUUUGUGUGCUGCCUCUGCAAAAGCAUUUACAUUUUAGUUACAAUGGUUGGAAAGAAGAGUGGAUGGAUAGUAAAAAUAUUUGACGUCGUGGCUGAUAUGACCUUUGAAAUUCUGCCGACUGUACAAUUCAUCCUUCUGUUAUUCAGGGUUCAGAUCAACACAUUCUUCUCUAAUGCCAUUGGUUUGGAGAAACAGGGUAAAGUGAUCUGA